CCCCUUGAGUUUUGUGGCUUCUUCUUUGGUUGUUUGGUGUGCGCUACACUGCCCCCUUUGGUGAUGUGUUGUAAGCAGCAGAAAAAGUUCACUCAAGCAGUGUGAGAAAAUGCAUGGAGCAGAAAACAACCUGCACAACUUUAAGCCCAGUUUACAUCGUUGGGGAGUUUGUUGAGCCAUAAUCUGGACACCCAAAUUCUGCAGAAAGCUCACUCCCUUCAGGUGUCCUAAUUUGAGAGUAAAAUAUGUGUGAAGAACAAAGAAAAAACUCUUUGAACGUCAGCUUCAGUCAGCAGAUGAAAAGAUAUGUUGUCAGAUGCCAAGAAUGGAAGAAACCUGUUUACUGCUCAUCCUGCUGCUCUCAGGAGGGCUUUCCACUCUUCCUCCCCACUCCAGAGAAUACCACUUUGUGAACCAGCUGAUGACCUGGACUGAAGCUCAGAGUUACUGCAGAGAACACUUCACUGACUUGGUCACCAUCUACAACAGCAACAUCAACCAACUGCUUUUCUCAAUGUCACCAAGGAUCAGUACUGGGGCUUGGUUAGGUCUCUAUAAUGAUCGUUACAGCUGGAAGUGGUCCAUGGAGGGAAAACUUUUUAAUGUUGGCAGUACACAUGAAUUUUUGAUCUGGGCUAACGGCCAACCAGACUGUCUAAAUGGAAAGGAAUACUGUGUGGCUCUUCAGGGACAAACACAGAUGGAUGAUAGACCCUGUGGAGAUUCUUACCCUUUCCUAUGUUACAAUGCCAAAAAUACAAGUUACAUCUUAGUGAUGGAGAGUCGCUCCUGGUCAGCGGCCCAGUCGUACUGCAGGACAUACCACACAGACCUGACCAGUAUAAGAAGCAAAGAGGAGAAAUCCAACAUCACGCUCACUUUGAAUGGAUCAGGGGCUCAGUAUGUGUGGAUUGGCCUCUACAGGGAUCCCUGGGCCCCCUGGUCUGACAACACAACCUCCACAUUCACUAACUGGGGGUCUGCUGAGCCUAAUAAUGGAAAUUCAAUUGAGUACUGUGGAGAUUUGAAUUUACUGUCAGGGAAAUGGUAUGAUUGCUACUGUGAUGCCAAACUCUUUUUUUUCUGUUUCGCAGGUGAGGUCCAGAAUGCAAACACUGUAAGAUCCUGUCAUCAUGUGAAAUACUAAUGUUUGUGUUUUUAUAUGUGGUUCAUUUUUAGCAGUGACAAAGCAAACAGUGCUGAAAAUGAAGCUUCAGUCAGAGGCAGACAUGCACAGCACAGAGAUCCAGCAGCAGGUUUCACAGCAGGUCAGCAGUUCAGUCACCAACACAAACUUGACACAAGUUCAAACUAUGCUUCAUGUUUUUCAUCAUCUGC